AUGUAUCCCUCUAUUUUCAUGUACAUAAUACAGAAAGACCAUCUGCAAAAAUUGCAUAAAGUGUUGGAAGAUUUUAAGAAAUAUAUGGAUACAUACAAAGACCAAGAGCAAGCAUAUGGUGCAAACUGGUACAAUGUGGGCUGGAAUGAUAUAACGACAGGUGUGGUUCAUUUCGAGGACCAAAAAGUGGCGGACGUAGUACGAUGCAGAUUCAUGACUCUUGCAUUAGGCUUUGCAAAUGGCUGGGGCAACAGUAAAACGGAUAAGGAUAACACGCACGAGGAUGCAAAAGAUAAGGAGAUGUACGAACAGCUCAGGUGUGAAGUAGUGAAUGUAUUUGGACAUUUACUGAGACACAGGUAUUGUCCAAAGCAGGAAAGGUGGAGAAGAGGCACAGAAUAUGCCGGUAUAGCAUUCAAGCAGAUGAAGAGCGCGGGAACAAAAGGAAUUGGACAGAUCGAUGGGCCCGUUGUAGACGGAAGGUGCACAAUGUGUGCGUAUGGACAUAAUAAACAGCAUGUAGACGCAGUAAAUCUGGAGAUAGUGAACUGGUUAUUGCAGCAAACCAAAAUAUUGGAAGGCAUGGAGCAAAUAGAAGGGGGGGCAGACUGUAAUACGAAGUGGAAGGAUUAUACAGAAAAAUAG